AACUUAUGUAACACAGUCUAGCAACUCCAACAAUUUACAUACAGAUAUCAUUUGCACUCUCAAACUAUGGCGCCGCAAAAAAAAUUUACUUGGAAGGAACUGAGUUCUUUGAAUAAGGAGGACAACGCACAUGUUGCGGUUCGCGGAAAGGUAAAUAGUGAAAAUAGUUUAAUAGGCCAUUGUGUUCAAAGGAAACUUCCGCCAUGCGAUCGUGAUCCGGGCGCGCUUUAGAUCUGACUCCUCUUAAUUGCAAAUACGCAUUUCUUUUUUAGGUAUACGAUGUGAGUAAGUUUCUCAACCGACAUCCUGGUGGGAAAGAUAUGCUACUUAUUGGAGCAGGAAGCGAUGUUACCAUUGUGUUCGAAACUUACCACGCUUUCAGCGACUCGGUUUCGAAGUAAGCUGUAGAAAAAAUUUAUAUUUGAUUAUGAUUUUAUGACCCCGUAAAAAACCGUAACCUUAGUUCUACAAUGAUUAAAAUUUGUAAGAGUCCAGCUAGUGAAUUACUUUCCUUUUCCAGUUUUGGGGGUAUUUAACCGUCUAUUUAGCUAAAACGAAAAUAUCAGAUCCAAAAUCUAUUGCACUUGAACUUGAUAUGGUUUACUUAGAGGCCGGUAGGGAGCGUUUUUCCUCCUAUCUGUCAAGCUCAGGUCAAUCACUAACGAGUGGCAAAAGAAGUUGGCACGCUUUCCCAAAGGAGGAGAUUGGCAACCCUCCACUUAACAUAAGUAAACGAAAUCCUCUGAUUCAUGUCUAAUAGCUUAGUGGAAAGUUCACCCUCUCCCGGCAAACAAUGUUGCAUUACCAAGCGACAUCAAAAUGAGGGAGAGGGGGAGAUAAAUGAGAGUUAUAAAUAAAAUUUAAAAAGCAGAAGAGCGUGCCAAGAUAUUUACCACUCGUUGUAGUAUUGCAGCUAGUUAAUAGAGCAUUUUACAAUUUUGUAGACUGAUUUGAGUUUUAAAUGAAAUGAGUUUGGGCAUAUAAUCUCAAUGUUGUUCUUACAUAACAGUGGAUAUAAAAGAACGGUUACGUAUAGUUACCAGAAAUGUUGCUUCUGUUCUCAUUCCCUUCUCUCGGUUGUGAAUUUUUUGAAUCAGCAAUGUAUCCCCCUUUUCAUCGUUUUUUCUAUACAAAUCCUUUUAUUUCUACUGUUGUACAAUGAUGAUAUAAUACAGUUGUACCGAGAGCUACUUGUAGUAGAAAUCUUAUUUAAAUUCUAAAGCCCUUGUCAGAAGACUUCCCCCCUUCCCAAUGCCACGACAACAUUGACAUGAGUGGGAAUUAUUAAGGAUUUGACCAGUUGAUUAGCCAAAAAAGAAGGGUAUCACAAUUUACAAUUUUGCCUUGCUUAAGAGUUAGCAUGGGGUAUUUGACUCUCUUCCUUGCCCUAAACUUGUCAAUUAGUAUGGAAGAUCCAAGUCAAAUAGUUUCCUGAAAGCUUUUAUACCUCUAUUAGUAAUACAUAUUUGCUUUAGAUGAUAAUAACUUUCACUUGUAAUUUGAUAUUUUAUUGAAAGAGGAACCUGAACUUAAUAUGCUAGAAAGAGUUUUUUUUUUUCCUCAGGGUUUUGGAAAAAUAUUAUGUUGGAGACCUAAUCUCAGAUGAAUUUCCCACUUUUCCUGAGCGGGGGUAAGUUUUUAACUUAACCAACAGUUAGGAUGAGCAUGUUUUCUUAUUAAAUUAAGUUUGAAAUGCGGUGAUACUAGUGCAAAAAUGUUUCUCACCAUUUUUGUCGCUCUGUUUUCCAGGCCAUUUUACCAAACUGUGAGGGAGCGUGUCAAAAACUACUUCAAGGAGACAAAUCAGGUACAGUUCACUGUGUCUUGAAUUAAUCAAGAUGUAAAUGAAAAUUAAACUUGUUUCAAAAGUUUAAAUAAAGACGUAUUUUAUUUGUUUGUUCAUAAUGGUAUCAUUGUUUCAGUAAAGCAGGCUUCAGACACUUAAAGUAAUUGAAGUAACUCCAAACAUAAGCAGGCAAGGGCAUUUUGAAAAUGUUUCAAUCUCCCAAUACCUUCAAUUAUAUUCACUCUUAUAAACAGAUAGCAGUGACUCAAGCCUGGUUACAGAAAACUUUGAAACGUAAAACUAGCAAAAUCCAGGCAAGAUAAAUGCUUUUGGUAAGGACAAGUUGGGUGUGAAUUCAAUAUUGUACCAAAAUUGGAAUUUUUUUUUCUCAAAACCAUGGUCAAUUCUCAAUACUUAAUUGAUAGGAUCCCAAGUUCUCAGAGUGGAUGUGGUUACGUUACAUUGGAAUUCCAGCUGUUUUACUUCUUAUGUGGAGUGCGCAGGUUAGUUAAAUUUUGAACACUAAUGACAGUAGUAUUCAAUAAACCCCUUAUUUCCUUAGGAGGAAUUGCUCCUUUAAAAGUUGAGCUGUCAGUAUUUUUCUCUUUUUUCACAAAUGACAAUCAUGGUCAUGAUUUUUUUAGUUACUAUUAUGUGAACGGGAAUACUUCUCUGCCUUCCCCCAGUGUUCCCUUACCCUCUCUACCCCUGUUUCGCAGAGAAAACUGUCAUUCUUGCAUUCCUUCUCAUGUCAUAUUCCUUUGUGGCUUUGUAAUGUGGGAGCAGAGUCUUAUUCCUCAUUUAUCAAUUUAAAACCUGUGCUUACUUGUCUAUAAAUAAUUUACCAGUCAACUCAAACACAAACAGUUGAAAUAUAUUGUGUGGAAUCUUAUUGUCUCAUAAGGAUGAUAAAUAGGAAAAAAAUUAGUACAGACACAGCCAAUCAACUAAUUAGCAGACUACAAGACUUACUAUUAUUGCAUUCUCAAGCAAGCUGGUGUAUAUGAAUUUUAUUACUUUUACCAGAUGUUCUGGCUGUCCCACAACUUUUUCUUGUCAUGCAUUGCUGCUGCUUUCAUGGGAUGGAUGUGUGCUUUGAUUGGAUUGGUGAAUAACCAUGACUCGAGGUAAUCUUUUGGACCUGUUAUAUUAAGUUCACACAACACAUUUUCAUUCAGUUUCCCUAAGAAUUCAAUAAUUUCCAGUUACUGGUAUAUUCUUUUGAGAAGAUGAGGAAGGCUGUAAGACUAACAUGUCUCACUCACAAAUGAUAACACACAAUUAGUACCACUUGCAAGAGUAAUCAAUUCUGAUAGGGGGUUAGUUUCCAAAAAACUGUGACACUUUCAAUGAAGGGUAUUACAGAAUAAUUUGGUUUUGUCAACAGAGUUGAUGAUGUAAGUUGGCCAUUGUUGAGAGUUUCUAUAGUUGGGGUUUUGAGCAUGACGCCUUCCUCAUUCACUCCGACAAAGGACUAACACUCAAAACAUCAGCUUUAAAAUUUCCAUAUCAAUCCUUACAUUAUCACCACAUUUGAUAAAACAAAUCACUGAACAGCUGUUGACAAACCAUUUACAGACUAUUGUUGUUUCAUUAGUUGCAGUGAACAUGUCUUUAUGUAUUUGUAAGAACAUUUAGGGUGUUAAAAUUAAUUAAAGUAUUUUAAAACUAUUUGUGCAUCUGAUAAUUGGGUAGUGACCGCAAUACUGAAAAAAUGGUGUAGACUCAAAAUCUUUGCAUUUUCGAAAGGUUGUUGAGUGAAUUGAUAAAUAAUUGUUUUGAAACUUUUAGUCACUGUGCUGUGACCAGUCACCCCACACUCUGGAGAGUUGUUGGUCACGUUCAUGACUUUUUAAAUGGAGCAUCAUUCUAUAUUUGGAUUUAUCAGGUCAGAUUUGAUAUAUUAUGUAUUUGCCUCACAUUAUAAAAAAAAUAUAUUGCAUCUGUGACUUUUUCCAUUCUUUAUCGAGAACUCCAAUCUACAAGAUCUCUUGUACAUGUGUACUAUAAUUUAUUUACUAAAACUGACUGGCUAUGAACCUAUUUUCAGCAUGUUUUUGGUCAUCACCCAUACACUAACAUUGAUGGUAUGGAUCCUGAUAUUGUUACCUCUGAGGAUGUAAGUUUGAGAACUGAAAUUAAUAUAUUGAAGUGAACAUGAAUGGGUACUAUAGCAAAUGGAUUUUGAAGAAAAAUGCUUUUUGGGCAUGAAACAACUGAAAAAUUCUGACCAUGAAACCUUUAGGAAUUGAACUUUAGACCUGUAGGCAUCACAGCAUGUCAACUCAGAGGUCUCUCUUUGCUCCACUCUUGUGACGUAUAGUGUGCUGGACUCUGGUUGGAGAGGUCAGGGUCCAAGACAUGGCAGGGUCAAUGUGUUGUGUUCUUUGGCAAAGCACUGUACUCUCACAGUGCCUCUCUCCACUCAAGAGUAUGAAUGGGCAUAGGUAAAUUGUUGGGGAAGCCUGAUGAAAUUCUGGGGGGUUGGGGGGGGGAGGAGUGGGGACCUUGUGAUGGACUCUCAUCCCAUUCAGGGGAGAGUAAUGAUACUGCUGGUCGCUUCAUACCAAGCUUCAUACCAAGCUUCAUACCAACUGGGAUAAGUUUCAGCUGGGGGCCACAUGGCUUGAGUGCAGACUUCAUACUCGUGAAGUGACAAGAGAACAUGUUUAUGCAUUUUAUUAUCAUGCUCAAAAUUUACUAUAUUACUGAUUCAGGUGUGCACUCCAGUGACUUUCAAAUGUGCUCUUAAAGUAACAUAGUUGUUUUAUUUAUUUAAGUGUGCUUAUUUAAGUCUGACUAAAGUCUGAUUAAUGGAACCUGCAUUUUGUUUCAUGUUGUUUGUCAGGAAGCAGAUAUAAGACGGAUUAAAUGGACUCAAAAGUGGGUACCUCGUUACGUGUAUCAACAUGUCUAUGUGCCUCUUGUUUACUGUUUGGUAAGUUUUGGAGCACAAAAUGCUAACUCUUGCCGCUCAUUACUAAAUAUUUUUUUACACUAAUAAAUUAGUUUUACAAGGUGUUUGAAAAGGAUUUCCAUCCCUGUGAAAAGUCGUAAAUCCACACGUGUACAAUUCCAGUAAUUAUUUUACGCGUGAUUGAUAUCGCCAAUCAGCUGCUGACACGUCACUCGCCUUUCGCGCCACUCUGUCAGGUUGGCAAAUGAAUGGCAAAGCCUUCCUUAUCAGUUAAGGGCAAUGGUGUUUUUUUUUUUAUCAUGAACAUAGUGUUGACCUCGAUAUCUCACGAUUGAGCACAGUGAAUGAAUGAGAUGUCGAGUUGAACAUUCGAAGAGAAGUUCCAUGUCUACGCGUGCUCCUAUGCUAUUCUCUAUUUUCUCUUCACUAAAUUUUUCUAACUAGACUAAAUUGUGUCAAUUUCCCUUAUGAAAAGAAAUAGAGCUUCUUGUGUCAUCAUGUAUGAGACGUGUGUCUGAUUUCGUUGUUAAUUCGCUUCCACAGCUAGGUCUCAAAACUAGGAUUCAGGAUGUUACUAUAUUAUUCUUUGUAAAGAAAAAUGGUGAGAUUCAGGAUUAGUAUUAUCUACUGGUUUUAAACUUAAUUGCUAUAUCUGGCUACAUUUUGCUCUUGAAUUUGUGUAUUCACCCUUCAAAUUAAUUGCUUUACUCAGUUGAUUCAAUAUAACACAUGCACUUUGUAUUAUGUGAUGAUGAAGUUGCGUCGUUUUUAUAUGACGGUACAGGACUGAUAUUCCCUCGACUGGUUAAUCGAGAGCACUUUGCGAUUGAUAUUUAGUUUUGCAUCUGAUAUGUUGUAAAGCGGUCGUUAGGGGCCCACCGAAAACGCAGACACAGUACUGUAUAUUAAGUACUUAACUCCAAUAGCCUCAAAAUGCUAAAUUGACAACAACAACUUCGGGCUUUGGAUCAUUUUAAUGGCACUCCUUUAACGGCAUGUAACUAAUUUAUUUUCAUAUUUGCUUGCUAGGUGUUAUUCGAAUAAAUCCUCCAUCCAGUUCACAGUUAACUGUAUUUAUUAGUGGCAAGCUGUUCUUCCUUUUGUACAGAGUGGUCAUUCCUUGUUUUUUGCUCUCAAUUUGGAAAGUGGUAAGUUCGAUACACCUUGAGUUUUAUUUAAUAACCUUCUUCUGUCUGCUAAUUUAUUUUAAUAGACUCUCUAAAGCCAUACCAAUCAUUAUUUCAAAGAGGCACGUCUCAUCACAUUGUUUUUUGCUCGAUUUUCGAAGAACCAAAGGCAAAUUAAUCACAACGACCAAUCGCAAGAGCGCUAAAAAUCACGUGCAACCAAUGAAACCAUGAAGCACGGGAAAACGAAAGUGACCAAGUAAUCGUAUUGGUUUAGAGGUUGGCACCAGUUUUUGUUCUAGAUCAAUUACAGUGCGUAGUAAAGCUAAACUGCAACAAAUCACAGACUUCUAUCCUAUAACUCGUUAUGCGCUGUUGCCACCCGCCCAGAGAUCUCUGGUACGAGCAGGCAAAAUUAUAAUUGACUCCAAUUUGAGAUGAUCACAAAUUACGACACAUCGUGAUUCAUUUACUUCUUUAGUGUAUUGUGCAUUCUCCUCUGAAAUCAGUGUUGGGUGAUACACAAUCAAGCCUACCAUCAACUUAACUCGUAGAUUUCAUGUUGCCAUGGGACUGUUCAAUAAUAGAUCACCGAUGACGUCAAAAUGUGGUAGAAACAAAAAACUAGCACGUGAGGCGCAGUUGCUAGUGUCACUGAUGUUUUUACCACAUUUUGACGUCUUCUGCGAUCUGCUACUGUACAGACCCACGGAAACAUGGAAUCAACUCAGACAUGGUUUGAUGCUACUCUGGUUUAAAGAUUUAAUGAAUUUAGCUGAGAAGUUACAAUUCAUACACCCACUGUUUCGACACUCCUCUUUAGUGCUUUUGUCAGGGGUGAUCCAAUCGCUGUAACAACAAGUCCUUUUAUAUGCUCCCUAAUUAGCUGCUUUCUUUUUUCUGACGAGGUGUUAAUAGGUGUCAGGUAGUAAGCCGCCAUCAUCACGAGUUAACUCUUGGUCAGCUCGUUUUAAAUGAUAAUUCAGCCAAGUGUUGUUAAUAGUGAAGUCAUCUAUGCCUCUGUCCUCCAAUUUAUCAUGACCAAGAACCAAUCAAAAUGAAUGUGCAGUUCAGCUUACCCUAUAAAAAUUGUUUUUACAGAUCGUGCUUUUUAUUAUCGCGGACAUGGUUUCAAGCUAUUGGUUAGCGCUGACGUUUCAAGCAUCCCACGUAGUGAGCGAGGUAGAUGGAGUUGACUUUUGAGUUCGUAGACAGUGGAAUCAACAGCAACAUUUCUUCAACAAAGCAAAGUGGACUAACCCUUAAUGCACCAAGUUUAAAUGUUCUUGCCAGUCUGGUUGCAUAUUAAGGCUGGGCUUCUAUCGUCUUUAAGAUGCUUGAAUCGUCAUUUUUUUCUUCUAUCGUCUAAAAGAUACUUGAAGUGUCGUUUUUUUGGUAUCGAUGUCCAUUAAAGGUAUUAUCUGACAUUGUCUUAGCGGAAGAUGACUGAACUAAUGCGUAGGAAGGCAAUAAGGUUAUAGUUACUGGUUGUCAUUUUCACUUGCCCAGUCGUGUGGUAUUUCGUGUUUUUAAGGUUGUUUACAUAUCUUUGUACCUCGAUAUCUUGCAGGUGGAUUGGGUCGAGCCGAGAAAGGAUGGGAAAAUGACCGAAGACUGGUAAGGUUGCCAAAAUUUUCCUUGAUUUUAUUUCUGUUGGAGGGGAGUCACGAAAUGUUUUUAACUGAUCUUUAAAAGGAAACAGACAAACAACAAUUUACUUCCUCAUUUUGGAACUUAACACAGCCGUCUUAAAAUAAUGAGCAGCGGUUCAGUAAUGUUUGUCACAAGUGGCGGUCGAUGCUGGAAUUGUUGGCUAUGACCACGAAACGGCAUAGAAAUCUUGGGAAUGAAGUUUUGAUAGAGGGUGGUGAAGAAUGUUUUAAGCGGUUAUUGACCGCCGGUAACCAAGUCUGUCUGUUUUUAGACACAUUUGCCUCAGAUUCAAACUGUACGCUGUUUAUUCCGUGUAAAGCGGUAUGUCCCUGUGUGAGCCAUAUGAUGUGUUUCCUCUUGUAAUUGGCACCAGACAAUGAUUCGACAAUGCCGUGCUAUUUCGGAAUCACUGGUGCAUACUGAAAGGUUACAGAAAUGGUUUGCUAUUAAGAGAGUAAAAACGAAAAAGGUCAAAACUGAAAUUAUGACCAUCUAGUUUUGCACACCAUCUAUGCGUGCAUCUUAUCAUCUCAGGAUCCAAUUUGUUGCUAGAUAUGUUUUUUUUUUUAAUGUUAUUUAAUUUUCCUGUAGGGCUGAGCUCCAGAUACAGACAACCCAAGACUAUGCAACUGACAGCUGGUUUUUCAACGUGUUUACAGGUUUGGAAGCAUUUCUUAGAUAUCUUAUCUUAAAACAUUUCGAAAAGGCAUUGCGCUUUUAAUACUCGUUUGUUUGGAAUCAAAUUCGUUGAGUACGCAACUCAAAUUUGCUUAGCAUUCGCACCCUCUUUUUAUUCAACCCUUUAACUCCCAUGAGUGACCAAGACAGAAUUUCUCCUCACAAUAUCAAUACAAUAUCAAGCAGACAAAUGAUGAGAAUAAAGGAAAAUGUUAAUGAGGGGAUUAUUAGUUGAUCCAAUACCAAAUUCUCUUAACUAACAUCACAAGAACUAUAUGGCAGACAGUUAGGAGAGUAACUUAUGAGAUCUUGGGAGUUAAAGGGUUAAUGUUCCAAAGCCUUAUGCAGUUUCUAUCUACCAAUGUAGAGGGGAAAAAGGAAAAAGUGCAAUUUCCCAGUGUACCGUCUUUUACGUGCAACUUGUAAACUGGUGAUGAAGUAGAAUUCUAUCGUAAUUUUUAAUUUGGAUGCGAAAGAAGCACAUGAACAGGUUAUUCUUGAUGGUGUAUUUACCCAUCUUUGCAGGAGCCUUAAACCAUCAGACGACACACCACCUGUUCCCAGGCGUCAGUCAGAUAUACUAUCCUCAGAUUACUCCCAUUGUCCGUAAAACGUGCAAGGAGUUUGGAGUGAGGUACAAUUACAAGGAGACAUUCUUCCAAGCGCUUGGGUCGCAUAUCAACCAUCUCAAGACAUUGGGGCAGGAAAGAGAAAAACCAACAUUUGCUUGCUCAAGGAAUGACUGAUUUUGAUGACCAGCUCUCGGAAGAACGUUUAAUGUUUCUUGGAAUCCCUAGAAGUUUCAAGAGCUGUUCUGUUGUCUUUGCUUUCACCGAAUUCUUCUUAUAGGGAAGUUGUGGCCGUCCUUUGCAUAAACGCCUUUUGCCCAAGCUUAACAUUCCUUUCUAUUUUAUCGUUAAAGCCGGUUACCGUCGUAGAAUUGUGGAACGGAACUUCGUGAGAUUCAUCGAUGUUGAAUUUAUCACGUGGAGAUCAACCCAGGGGUUGGUCUCCAGGUGGGGCAGGUGAAGCUAGUCAUCAACAAUACUCCGAGAAGGAAGUAUCCAUGGUAACCCUGUCAGCGGUUACCAUCAAAUCAAAGUUUCACUGGACCAGUUUGUUAUGGUGUCAGAAGAAUAUCUAGCACUCCUUGUACAGUUGACGCUUUCUUUAUUUCCUCUCUUAAAAACUCAAUGCAACGUGCUAGCUCGAGGACUAACUUUACCCUCUCUAGGAAAGUGAUGGCCUCUAGCUUAUAAAGGUGGGAGUUAUCUAACUGUCAAUAUUUGACCAACGUCACUGUUUCUCACUUAGUUAGCGAAUCAUGUUGAGUUACGUAAAACAGUUUACGCAUACUAAGUAUGUACCUCCUGUUUGUUGAUUCUUUCCAAAACGUCUUUUGACCUAAAAUCCAUACUUUUGCGGAUUGGCCAAAACAAAAACAAGACUGAUAAUAAGAAUAUUAUGACUGAACUAUUGUACAGAUUAGAAUUACACUUAAAAAGAUGGCUAAAGAGAAAAUAGCCCUUGAAGUUUGUUACAUAACAGCAAUUAACAGAGAAUUUGAGGAAGAAAGGGCGAACCCAAGGUACCGCCCCCAAAAGAACCACUUGUCGUUCAUAUGAGUUACUGAUUAUAAACUCUGCGCGGAAGAUGAAAAGUACGGGUUGUUUACACUCUAAGUCAUCUUACAGAAAGAAUUGUUGAACGUGCUAAAUUCAAAAUUAAGAAUUAUUUUCUUGAUCGGGAGUUCGACAUGAAAUUAAUCUAAAAAAGAGCUUGAAAAGAAUCGAAAGAAAAAGAAGGAGGAAUUACCAGGAAAUUCCUGUACGAGAUUAACUUUUACCCGAUCAAAUUACUCUCAUAUUCAUCAAGCGGAUUAUCAUAAUUGAAUUAAAUCUUACUGCAAGAUGAUCGAAAUAUUUUACCGCAAGUUCCAAUUACCGUAGAAACUGAACAUCUGCUUUCAUGUCAAACUCGCGAUAAGAGAAAAUGCGAUAAUCUCCAACAGCCUGAUACAAUCAUUGGAGAGUUAAAUGGACUAUUUUCUUCCGGAAAGAAAAGAUAACAACUACUCUACUUACUAAGUAAGAUCUCCAUCGAAAUAGGAAAUUAUCAACUGCUUACAAUAUUUUUUUAACUGAAUGGCUUAUGCUAAUAUGCUAUUUGCACUCGUAUUCCCAACACCAAGACCACGGUUUUGAAAACUUCCUUAGUAAACUAAAGGGGUAAACGGAUUAGUUAAAAAAAGUCACUAUAUCACUAGGUUGUGGAUGCUGUACUUAGCACUGAAUAUGUUGUAGGUACUUAAUUUCUAGGGAAUAACGGUAUUUUAUCUGUAUGUGUGUGUAAAUUGUCAAAAAUUAGAUCAUUGUCGUGUGAUUGACGAGUGUCGUUUAUAAAGUGUUUCAUUUCUUUUUUUUACACACCUUGCGGUGCUUAAAAACAGAGAUUCUGGGUAUUAAAAUCUUCUAUACAUUCAUCUUUUUCCAUCAUCAGAAUUAAACUGAAGCGUAGUGAUUUAAAGGGCUGUGAUACCCUUGUCCUUGCAGUGUCCAUUGCGAAACUUAUCAUCUAAACCGUACGAGUGACUUAGUAGCCGGGGAUGGAAACCUUUCGGCGUUUAACCUUCCAAAGUUUCUUCUUCUGUUUUAUUUUUAUGGUUUACUAAAAACUUCAGCGAAGUCUUAACACUCGCGUGAGUGUGUUUCACUUCUGCCUCAAUCAAGAGAUCUUUCAGAAGAAGGACCUUUAGUCGAUUUCGUAGAAAAUUUACGCAUUAUUGAGGUAUAUAAGAAUACACAUAAGAUAUUUCUAUUCCCCCAACCAAGAAUGUGAU